CCUCUUUCCCAGAGCCUGGCAGUGAGGAACGAAAACUUCCUGGCCUGGGAUCCGGGCCGCUCUGUCUCCCAACCCGCCAAUCCCGCCUACUAGUGCCUGGCGCUUCCCCACACCUCCCCCGCUACCCCAGUGUCCGCCAUGGCCAAAGCCUACGACCACCUCUUCAAGUUGCUGCUGAUCGGGGACUCGGGGGUGGGCAAGACUUGUCUGAUCAUUCGCUUUGCAGAGGACAACUUCAACAAUACUUACAUCUCCACCAUCGGAAUUGAUUUCAAGAUCCGCACUGUGGAUAUAGAAGGGAAGAAGAUCAAACUACAAGUCUGGGAUACAGCUGGCCAAGAGCGAUUCAAGACGAUAACUACUGCCUAUUACCGUGGAGCCAUGGGCAUUAUACUAGUAUACGACAUCACAGAUGAGAAAUCCUUUGAGAAUAUUCAGAACUGGAUGAAAAGCAUCAAAGAGAAUGCCUCAGCUGGGGUGGAGCGCCUCUUGCUGGGGAACAAGUGUGACAUGGAGGCCAAGAGGAAGGUGCAGAAGGAGCAGGCUGAUAAGUUGGCUCGAGAGCAUGGAAUUCGAUUUUUCGAGACAAGUGCCAAAUCCAGUAUGAAUGUGGAUGAGGCUUUCAGUUCCCUGGCCCGGGAUAUCUUACUCAAGUCAGGAGGCCGGAGAUCCGGAAAUGGCAACAAGCCCCCCAGCACUGACCUGAAAACUUGUGACAAGAAGAACACCAACAAGUGUUCCCUGGGCUGAGGAUCUUCUCUUGCCUCCCUACCCUAAGUGUGAAGGCUGAACCUGAGGGAGGCAGGGUGAGGGGCUGGGCAGGGGAGAAAUAGCAGUGGGGCAUGAAGGGAUAGAUGGGUAGAUGGCAAGAAGAAUGAGUAUGAAAGGGAGGGAAAAAAAGGAAAGAGAAAGGAAAAGAAAGAAAGGAGAGGCGAAGGGAGGGGGAAAGAAUUGAGGAAGUGAAAGAAGGUGAGGAAGUAGGAAGAGAGGGAGGAGGAAAGGAAGGAUAGAUGGCCUCAGGCCUCAGACCUUCCCAGGGUUUUCAGGGCAAAUAUAAAUGUAAAUACAUUGUUCCGAGAUCAGGUUUUAGGGUCCUGUGAGAGGCUGGCUCAGCACCACUCUCUCAAGGUCUGGUCCUAUCCUGUCACUCUACAUGGUCUUUCUCAAUAUUAAAGGCCACCAUUUGCACAAAUGA